GGCUCAGGAGUUUUCUUCCUGUAGGAAAUGGGGAGCAUCUGCGGCCAUCUAACACAUGCCAGCUUUGCAGCUACCCUGGUUAAAUAAGGUAUUUUAUGCAGAAGUGACUGGCACCAUUCUCCGGCACAGGGCUCAACACAUGCUGACGUCCUCUCGGCCCCGAAUUCUUUCAGGCCAAAAAGCAAAUGGAUUUCCGUCUGGCAAAUCCUCGGGAUCCAAGAAGCAGAAACAGCAUCAACGAAUUCGCAAGGAGAAGCCUCAACAACACAAUUUCACCCACCGUCUCCAGGCUGCGGCACUGAAGAGCCACAGUGGGAACAUAUCUUGCCUGGACUUCAGCUGCAACGGCAAGUACCUGGCCACCUGCGCGGAGGAUCGCACUGUCCGCAUCUGGAGCACCAAGGACUUCAUGCAGCGGGAGCAUCGCAGCAUGAGAGCCAAUGUGGAGCUGGACCACGCCACCCUGGUGCGCUUCAGCCCUGACUGCAGAGCCUUCAUCGUCUGGCUGGCCAAUGGGGACACCCUCCGCGUCUUCAAGAUGACCAAGCGAGAGGAUGGGGGCUACACCUUCACAGCCACCCCAGAGGACUUCCCUAAAAAGCAUAAGGCACCCGUUAUCAACAUUGGCAUUGCUAACACAGGGAAGUUCAUCAUGACUGUUUCCAGUGACACGACUGUCCUCAUCUGGAGUCUGAAAGGUCAGGUGCUGUUUACCAUCAACACCAACCAGAUGAACAAUACGCAUGCUGCUAUAUCCCCUUGUAGCAGGUUUGUGGCUUCGUGUGGCUUUACCCCAGAUGUGAAGGUUUGGGAAGUCUGCUUUGGGAAGAAGGGGGACUUCCAGGAGGUUGUUCGAGCCUUUGAACUGAAAGGACACUCUGCAGCUGUCCACGCCUUCGCUUUCUCCAAUGACUCACGGAGGAUGGCCUCUGUCUCCAAGGAUGGUACAUGGAAACUGUGGGACACAGAUGUGGAAUACAAGAAGCAGCAGGACCCCUACUUGCUGAGGACAGGCCGCUUUGAAGAGGCGAGCACCAUGCGGUGCCUCCUGGCGCUCUCCCCUGAUGCCCAGGUCUUGGCCUUGGCCACUGGCAGCAGUAUUCAUCUCUACAAUACCCGGCGGGGUGAGAAGGAGGAAUGCUUUGAACGGGUACAUGCGGAGUGCAUCGCUGACUUGUCCUUUGACAUCACUGGCCGGUUUCUGGCCUCCUGUGGGGACCGGGCAGUGCGGCUCUUCCACAACACCGCUGGCCACAGGGCAGUGGUGGAGGAGAUGCAGGGCCACCUGAAGCGGGCCUCCAACGACAGCACCCGCCAGAGGCUGCAACAGCAGCUGACCCAGGCCCAGGACGUCCUGAGGAGCCUGGGUGCUCUGAAGAAGUGAUUCUGGGAGGGCACAGCAGGGGGUCUGACCACCUACUGCUGCCACUUUUCUUCCCAGGUACUCGCAUCUGGAAACUUUUUGAAAGGAGCCUCCUGGUUUUCUUAAUGGUGGCCCCGCUCCCCUUUUUCCCAUCGAAACUCUUAUUGUGUUCUUAGAUCUCUUUCUCCUUGUUGGUUGUAACUCCUCCCCAGCUCAUCACUAAGGUGCUUUUCUUUCUCUCGGACCCAGUGGGUGGAAUCUGUCCUCACUGAGGAGAGUGAUAGAGAGGCGAGAGAGAAAGAACAUUGUUUUUGACCUUGUGACAACACACCCUGAUACCCAAAGACGUUUGCAAAUGUGAAGGCAAAACCUAGGGAACACCUGAGUACUGAGUAGUUCUGCAUGGAGGGGAGAUCGGGAUAUCUUCCUGUUACAGAACUGUGCUAUGGGGUCAGGGCUCCUGACUCCAUAAAAAUUACGGGAUUUUGUUCCAGGCCUCAGUUUUCUUAUUUGUAAAAUGGAGAAGAAUUCUCUCUGGGACCUCCUUACAAAGAUGUGAGGCUCAGAGGACUUCCUCUCAAAGUCCCUAGUUUGAAAGAAAAGUGGAAAAAAUAGUAAUGCUAUUCAAUGUCAUUAACUGCCAGGUAAAAGUGGGACUCAAACUGUGGUUUGAAACCAAACUGGAAAAAAAUGCAUUCCUUGGAAAGGCGGAGUUCUCUGAGACCUGAUCAUACAUUUUGUGUGGCUCUACUUUGUGUGGAGGAAUCAUAAAAGCCCAGACGGAGCUCCGCUUUUCUGACGUGUCCUGUUUGAGGAAACCUGUUUUCAGUUCAUCAAUAUGUGAGGGCCUACUCUGUGCCCAGCACAGCACUAGUCACUGGAGAUGAAUAGGAGUUCGACAUGGUUUCCGCCAUCAGAGAUGGCUGGUGGAAGAGAGGUACAGGCAUGGCUCUUAAGUGCUUUUGGUUCGUUUUUCAGAGCUACAAUAGACUGUUGUAAAAGUCAAGGCAAGAGAGGGUCGAGUCAGGACAGAGGCAAUGGGUAUGGAAUUGAGCGGAUAGAUUGGAUAAGAGACUUCAGUGUUUAGAAGUUUGGACUUUCAAAUUUGAGGACGCCUUGGAUGUGGGAGGUAAGGGAGUGAGAAAUCUGGGAAGACCUGAGUCUGGGCAAACUGAUUCAUCCAAAACCAAAGUCUUGAUUUCUCUUACCAGAAUUGGGGUGUCCCCAGUUGUCCCUAACCUAUAAAUGUUUGAACAAGCCACCGCUUUGGAGUUAUCCUCGAUUACUCCCCUCUCCUCACCCCCUCCAUCCUGCCACCACUGUGACCAUCCUCUCAUCUGGUCAUUCUUCUGGCUAUACUCUAUGUUACCUCCUGAAUCUGCUGCUUCUCUUCAUCUCUUGUGUUACCAUCCUGGUCCUGGCCACUGUCACCAACUGGACCAUUAUUGCUUCCUCAUUGGUCUCCUGCUACCCCUGUUGCCUCAUUGCAUUAUUUUCUACAUAGCAGGGUCAGCUUUUGAAAAUGUAAACCAGACUACAUUACUCCCUAGUUAAAACCCUCCAUAGGCUUUCUAUCAUACUGGGAGUAAAAUCUAAAAAUCUUACCAUGGCUUGUAAAGGUCGUAUGUAAUCUGGCUUCUUCCCUCUUAUGCGAUCUUUUCGCUGUUCUCUCAGCUACCCCAACUUUGCUGCUCUUGAACAAGCCAGUUUUUAGCCUCGAGUAGGACCUGGUGCCUGUGCUGUUCCCUGUGCUUGGAAGCUGUUUUGUUUUCUCUAUUGGUAGACUUGUCAUGCUGGCCAUAAUUCAGGUCUUGGUCACACCGCAGAGCAGCACCCUCCCUGACUACCCAGUCUGAAGCGGCCCUUUCCAUGAGCCAUAUCAUGAUUGCACUCCAGCCUGGGAAACAGAGUGAAGCCCCAUCUUAACAACAACCACAGCAACCAUCGUUGAGCAUAUUAGCUUAUUUUAUUUAUUUUUUUAUGACUUAAUACUAUCUGAAAUUAUCUCGAUUGGAUAUUUGUUUGCUUCAGGGGUUUUGGUCUAAAUGCUUACGGAUGUCAAGUGCAUAACACAGAUGUGUGAAUUGGGCCACAGUCAUCUGGGUGUAAGAUUGUAGGAAAUGGGCUUGUAUCCUGGGUGCUGGGCAGGGGAUGGCCGCCACUUCUUAUUCAGGAAUCCAGAAGUUGUCUGUCUCAGAGAAGCUAGAAGUCGGCAACUUACUUUUUCUAAAAAUAAUCACUGUUUAGAGCAAACAAAACACUAAUGUGGGCCAGAUGCAGUCCACCAGUCUCUCGUUGGCAGCUUCUGGAAUGAGAGCGCCACCAAGGCAGAAUCCUUGAAUGUUUUGCUUGCUCUGUGUCCUCAGCACAGAACCUGGGACAGACUAAGCACUCAAUAAACGUUGAACUGAAAUCAGGGGCAAA